UUGUUUUUCUACUUUAAUAUUUCCUUAAUCACCAACCAAGACGAGUCCGAAUACUUACGGCAUUUUUUAUUCUUUCAUGUUUGCAUAAUUCUUUACAGCUGGCGUAUAUAACCCAGAAUUCAUUGCGCUGCUCGCUUUGGAGUAGCAAACAAUUUUCGAGCAGCUAACGUGUUAUCGUACGAUGUGUGGUGGAAGUAACAAACAACGACUCUUCAGCCCACAAACUCGACAGCUGUGUGGAGGAUGUCUCAAAUGUCUUUAAUGGAUAUCAUGCUCCUGUCACUUCAUGAGAAAUUGCAGCGCGUCCUGUUGCAGUGCAUGGUGCCCCCGGAAGCAUUCAUGGGAUCAACAAUUCUAAAAUGGCACGUAUGUUUGAAAUGUAACAUAAUGCAUCAAAAAUGCCGAGUUGUGAAGAGUCCACACGGAAUGGAUGUAUUCUCACAGAAAGUGUGGUGGCACUCACAUGCUGCAGCACACUGCUGGAAAAGGAUGUCCGGAGCAAAGAUCCUGCUCUUCCUUCAGAGUCUCACACGCAAGAAACCGCUGGAGCCCGAAGGGGAGGUGUCCAACUUUCGCCGCUGCCUGACGACCCUUGACCUGGUGGCUUUGGGGGUGGGCAGCACAUUAGGUGCCGGUGUCUAUGUGCUGUCCGGAGAGGUGGCCAGAACCGUGGCCGGGCCCAGUAUCAUCAUCUCCUUCCUGAUAGCAGCCAUAGCCUCUGUCUUUGCGGGAUUGUGCUACGCUGAAUUUGGAGCUCGAGUUCCCAAGACUGGAUCUGCUUAUCUUUACAGCUACGUGACAGUGGGGGAGAUAUGGGCUUUUAUCACUGGAUGGAACCUGCUCCUGUCUUAUGUCAUAGGGACAUCAAGUGUGGCCCGAGCGUGGAGUGGAACCUUCGAUGACCUGAUUGGAAAUGUUAUUGCCAAUUCCCUGGGGAAACAGGCUGCCAUGGACCUGCCAGGAUUAGCUCCCUACCCAGACUUCUUUGCUGCUCUCCUUAUUCUGCUCUUGGCAGGUAUCCUUGCAUUCGGCAUUAAAGAGUCGGCCAUAGUGAAUAAGGUUUUUACAGCAGUUAACAUCUUAGUGCUGCUCUUUGUUAUCCUUGCUGGCUUCAUCAAGGGGGACAUCAGCAACUGGUACAUCGAUGAAGAGGCUGUCCUCAUUGCAUAUAAAAACACAACAUCUGCAAAUAAAACGAUGAGUUUUGGCAUCGGGGGUUUUUUGCCUUUUGGCUUUGAGGGAACAUUAGCAGGAGCAGCGACCUGCUUUUACGCAUUUGUUGGCUUUGACUGCAUUGCAACAACAGGAGAGGAGGUUCAAAACCCCCAAAAAGCUAUCCCGCUCGGAAUCGUGGCUUCCCUCCUCAUCUGCUUCCUAGCUUAUUUUGGUGUAUCGGCCGCCCUCACCCUAAUGAUGCCAUACUAUUUGCUCAGUGUGAAUAGCCCUCUUCCUGUUGCCUUCACCUAUGUGGGCUGGGGUUCUGCAAAGUACGCUGUAGCCGUGGGAUCCCUCUGUGCUCUGUCGACAAGCCUGCUUGGUUCUAUGUUCCCUAUGCCUCGAGUGCUCUUUGCUAUGGCGAGGGAUGGCCUUCUCUUUCGCCUGCUCAGCAGGAUGAGUGACAGACAAAGUCCUGUCAUAGCUACUCUGGCUUCAGGUGUUGUAGCAGCAAUAAUGGCAUUAUUGUUUGACCUGAAGGCACUGGUGGACAUGAUGUCCAUUGGCACCCUGUUUGCCUACACUCUUGUUGCCAUAUGCAUUAUCAUAUUAAGAUACCAAGCGGACCUCAAUGAUGUUCCUAAUGACACCAAACAAGCAUUUACACUCAGUGGAUUAUUUUUCCCUGGUUUACAAUCUACCACACAGACCUCAAAGAAUGUGUCUGUUUUGAGCGCUUGUAUCGUCUUUUUAGCCACCAUCCUGAGUCUGUUCAUAUCCCAAGCCGGGUCCUCACUGGAGGCAUCAGAGUGGUGGAGCAUACUUUGUGUUGUCGUGGUGAUGGUGAUGCUCAUCUUCACUGUCCUCGUCAUAUGGAGACAACCACAAAGUUCAACAACAGCUGCUUUCAUGGUUCCUUUGGUGCCAGUGCUUCCUAUAGCGAGCACCUUGAUCAACAUUUACUUGAUGGUUCAACUUGGAUCAGACACAUGGAUACGCUAUACCCUGUGGAUGGCCAUAGGUUUAAUCAUUUACUUUACUUACGGCGUUCAGCACAGUGUGCAGAAGCAAAGGCUCCAAAAUUCAUGCAACCAAGUCAGUAUUCCCACUGUGGGGGACAACACUGAUGACGACAACUAAAUCGACUGCUCUCAUUGGUUUAUUCAUACAAAACCAACCAAUGAGUAAUAGCACAUGCUGCUGUCAUUGGCCUCCACACAGCACUGCUUCAGCAUGGCACAGCUCAUCAUGUUCCUGUCCAUCACCAUCAGGAACAUCACAGGCUUUGGCGUUUCCAUCUUGGCACGGAGGUGAAGGUGAUAGAGCGGCCAAGUAUGCCAUCUCCAGAACUGAACCCAAUUGAGUACUUGUGGAUCAUCCUCAAGUGGAAAGAAGGUGGAGGAGCAUGAGGUGUCGAACCUCCACCAGGCCCACCAGUGAUGUCAUCAUGGAGCAGUGGAAGAGGAUUCCAAUCAAUUCCAUGCCCAAGAGGUUUUUGGACACAAUUUGGUGUACAAGCUACACUGACUACUCUCAGUUAUUGUAUAUCCUCAUCACUAUAGUGCUGACUUUUUUCAGGUACUGUGCAUAACCCAAAGCCCAGUCGUAACAUGUACGGCGCAUGAUGUCAUAUGAUGUCAUUUUAUGAGGCCGAUGUCAUAUAAAAAAUAUCUUUGUAAUGCAUCAACAGCGGCACAACAAAAAGGCAUGACCUCAAGCUGUAAAUACAUUAGCUGAGCCAAAGUGAGCCUGUGGCCUCACAGAGCUGAUGUAAUCAUUAUUCAAUUAUAUUGUCAAGAUGCAGAAUAGCUCUGAGUGAAAUGGUGCGAGUAAAUUCAACAUAAAUAUGUUUGGGUAAUAAAAGAAAGGUGGAAAAACGGGGAAGUCUGUUUUGCUAAAGGCUUAAAAAGCUGUAGAUUAAUACUUUAAAUGGCAAAAAUGUACAUUACUUUUUGUAAUAUCCUCUUGUGUGAGAUAUGCCAAAGGACAUCUCUGCAGUCAUCUCCUGAUUACAUAGAUCUCCAUGCAUUGAUUUUUACUUUAAGUAACUCAAGGCAAAGUUCUCUCUCUC